CAGAAUAGAAGUAGUUUCUAUUCUUGGGAACAUUAAAUUUGAUUGCAAUAAAAUGGUAUCAUGGCAAAACAUGCCAACAGCGCAAUACAAACAAACAAUUAAAUAAGUAUUUAAUUUAAGUUUAAUCGGUCAUUAGUGAAUUAGCUUGUCUAGUCAGUUAAUUACAGGUACCGGUAUAUAUAUGUAGUGCCGGGUUUGCACUAUUAGUUGUCAGAUAAACCAUUACUCCUUUAGAGAAGGGCAGAGGGAAAUGUCAGUGUUUUUAAAGCUGUUUUUGAUAUUUUGCAUAAGUGGCUCCAGCUUUAGUCUUGAUAGAGAUGACUUUUAUCAGGACCCUUCUGCUACUACUCUAGCAGCAGUAAGUGAUGAUGGCUCUGCUUCUGGUCUCAGCCUCCCUUUGACAAUCACUAAUAUCAAAGGUCUUCCUAAUGACUCUGUACUUGCAGAAGCUGCAAUUCGUCCAGGCCUCUUGUCUCUAAGCCCACCUACCUAUAACAUUGGUUUGCAGAGGCGUCCUACUUUUACUACGUUUUAUGGUCGUUCAACUCUUAAAAUCUCUGAAAAUGUAUCACUGAGGAAUAGAGCUCUGAAUGAUAUUAAAGCUAAAUUCCCUGCUCUGAAUAAAGAUACUAUUUACCCAACGCAUCUUCUGCUUUUUGAGGUUGAUAACUUAUUUCCCCAUGUUGGUACUAUAGUGGCUGGAACAAUUGCUCAACUAGUACUAGCAACCAAUGGCAGAUACACAUUUGGUAUUGUUCUAAUUGUCCGUGUGUACUUUGAUUCCCUAUCAUAUACUGGAUCAUAUAAUGAUGAUUAUUCACAGCUCUUGGUUGAAUAUCCAUUUGCAGCUAAUGGGGGCUACCUCAGUUCUAGUGCAGCCACAGAAUCUAAUGUUGACACUCCUGGAAAAUAUAUCAUUGAUUUCAAUGAUGCUCUUCCUCCUCCUCCUGUUUGCCAAUGCAAGAAAAGGUUAGAGGCUCUUGCAUGUCAUACAAUGAAACAGAUGUCUGGAAACAUUCCGUCAUUUUGCAGUCAAUAUAUGUAGAGAGCAGACUUUACUGCUUGCUCAGUUUAUGUCUUGUCAAAUUAUAGUGACUUUUAAUGACAGAUUAGAAUAUUGCAACUUUCACCCUCAGGCUUAGUAAAUUCUUCUGAAAUUAAAUAAUUUGAUAGUAAAUUAUUGCUACACAUUAA